GUUGAGAAGGUCUCUAAGGUUGAAAUAAUUAACAGAUUUUGUUCAAAUUCAGCAUACCAAUCAUUUCAUAAACAGGGUGCUUUUCUAACUAUAAUAAAUGGUGAACAGUUAUGUAAGGGUAAACCGUUGAUGUAUAAUGGUCGACGUUGUGCUUCAACAACAGUCUACCAUGACGGUAGAAAAGGGGCCUGUGGAUGUGGUCCUGAAUGGUUUGAUAAACAGUUUCCCUGGAAUGGCGAACUCUAUACAGCCGCAGUCAAUCAAAGAUUCUUUGAUUUUGAAGGAACGAUGUGGUGUGGUGAUCGAUGUGGAGAAUGUUAUGAGCUUACACCAACAGGUGGAUAUAUCGAUGGUCAAGGUGAGCCACCGCGCUUCUUGCACCCAAUCACUGUCAUGAUAACAAAUUUAUGUCCAGCAGAACCUCCAAAUUUACAAUGGUGUGCACAGCAUCACUGGAAUCAACUAAAUAUGUAUGGAUAUAUGACCCAUUUCGACCUAGAAAACGGUCGUCAACAGAUCAGUGUAUUAGGAUGGGAUAAUCCCGAAGUUACCUACAAGAGAGUUCAAUGCACUGGGAAAUUUGAAAGUUUGUAUGAACAAUGCCAGUGCUCAAAAGAUUUCGCCUAAUUAAUUGCAAUAAAUAGUGGAUUUUUUUAUUUAAAAAAAAA